AUGGCGCCUGACAUAAGACAAUUACAGAGCAUGUUUCAGCAUGAUAAAGAGUCCUUCAAGGAGUACGCUCAAAGAUGGAGAGAACUGGCUUCUCAGGUUGAACCCCCUCUUGUUGAGAAAGAAUUGGCCGAACUAUUUAUCGACACUGUCCAACCUCAAUUCUAUGAGAAGAUGGUUGGAAGUGCUUCUUUGGGAUUCUCCGAGCUUGUUGCUAUAGGAGCUCGCGUGGAAUAUGGUGUAAGGAAUGGCAAACUGGCGGUUGUAGCUGGAACUUCAAAUGUUAAUCCAAAGAAGUUCUCUGGAGGGUUUCCUAGAAAGAAGGAAGGGGAAACAAAUGUCAUGACUGCUGGUCAAGGAAGAGCUCCUCCAAGAAGGAGACCACAACAAUAUCCACCUCAGCAAUAUAUUCAACAACCAAUUCCCUAUCAACCACCCAUGUAUCCCGUCCAGUAUGCUCCGCAACCAUACGUAGCUGCUGUGACGCCUGCGUUCAAUCAACAGCCUGCUCAGGCUUAUCAAGCGCCUCCAGCUUAUCGACCAGCUCCAGUUCAACAACGUGUCGCGGCUCCUCCAGCUUAUCAACAAGCACCAGCAGCUCCUGUUUAUCAACAGCCGAGAGCUCAAGCGCUGAGGCAGAAUGCUCAAAACCAGAAUAGAAGGCAAGGGGAAAGGGUGACCUUCAAUCCAAUCCCAAUGUCAUACACUGAGUUGUAUCCCUCCCUAUUGCAAAAGGGGUUGGUGGUUCCCAGACCUUUGGGACCUCCACCUGAUCGUCUUCCUCCAUGGUACAACCCUAAUGCACAUUGUCCUUUUCAUGAGGGUGCCCCCGGGCAUGACCUAGAGGGUUGCUACGCUCUAAAGCAUAGGGUUCGGGAAUUGAUUGAGAGCAAGAUCUUGUCUUUUAAGGACAUGGGACCGAAUGUGAAGAGCAAUCCUCUUCCUCCCCAUGGAGAUCCUGCGGUGAACGCCAUUGAAGAUGCAUCUACUGUUGUUAUGGUUGAGAAGGUGGAGGAUGUUAAGACUCCUUUGGCAGCAUUCCAUGCCCGAUUGGUGGAAGCUGGCCUGAUCAAUGUUAAUCAUGACAAUUGUGAAGAGUGUGCCACAUACCCAAGAGGAUGUCAGGUGGUACGAGACAAUAUCCAAAACUUGAUGGAUGAAGGAGUGCUUCAAAUAUCCAGUGCUGUGAAGAAUGAAGAUGUGUUGGUAAUUGACCCUUGUUUCAAUUUACCUAAACCAGUGGAAAUCCCUUACUAUAGCAGAAAGAUGGCUCCUGAGAAUAGUCAUCCGUCGCCUGUGGAAAUAUGUAUGCCCACGCCUUUUCCCUACGAGAGCACCAAGGUUGUGCCUUGGAAAUAUGAGAUUACUGCUGUGGAUAAGGUUGUUGAAGGAAGUGCAGACGCUGAAGUGAUAAAAGCUUUGAUCAAGAAAAGUGACUACAAGGUUGUGGACCAGUUGCAUCAGACACCAUCUAAAAUCUCUAUUUUAUCUCUGUUAUUGAACUCCCAAGCCCAUAGGGAAGCUUUGUUGAAGGUGCUUGCUCAAGCUCAUGUAACGCAAAGCAUAACAGUUGACCAAUUCGAUGGAGUAGUUGCAAACAUCACAGCUUGUAAUACUUUGAGCUUUAGUGGAGAGGAAUUACCUGAGGAUGGACAAAAUCACAACCGUGCUCUCCAUAUCUCGGUAAAAUGCAAAGAUGAUGCUUUGGCAAGAGUGUUGGUUGAUACCGGAUCUUCUCCGAAUGUUAUGCCAAAGAGAACACUCGCCAAGUUAUCUUAUCAAGGACCAGCUAUGAAGCCCAGUGCCUUGGUAGUAAAAACUUUUGAUGGUUCUAGGAGAACAGUGAUUGGAGAGGGGCAGUCACCUCCACCUUACAUCAGAAAAUGA